AAGUAAUUGGUCACACAAGAAUCUGUACAACCACUGUACCUUAUCCCCAACACUUCUCCCACAUACCAGAUAGGCUGAUUGCACCCCACUUCCAUUUUAUUUUUUCUUUCAUUUUCCCUCAAACCAAACACCAAUUUUCCCAGGAAAAAUUCCCCCAAAUGGAAAACAACCAGCCAGACGUGGCCGUAGCAGCCACAGCGGCAACCCCAACACAGUCCUCUUCCUACCCACCUCAACCCCCGUACCAACACCUCCUCCAACAGCAGCAACAACAGCUCCAAAUGUUCUGGAACUACCAGCGCCAAGAAAUCGAGCAGGUCAACGACUUUAAGAACCACCAGCUCCCACUCGCGCGCAUCAAGAAGAUCAUGAAGGCCGACGAGGACGUCCGUAUGAUCUCCGCCGAGGCACCCAUUCUCUUCGCCAAGGCCUGCGAGCUCUUCAUCCUCGAGCUCACAAUCCGGUCGUGGCUUCACGCGGAGGAGAACAAGCGCCGGACUCUGCAGAAGAACGACAUCGCGGCGGCGAUAACCCGGACCGACAUUUUCGAUUUCUUGGUGGACAUUGUGCCGAGGGAUGAGAUCAAGGAAGAGGGUGGGUUGGGGAUGGGGAUGGGAAUGGGGAUGGUGGGGCCUACGGCGAGUGGGGUGCCCUAUUACUACCCGCCGAUGGGCCAGCCGGCGCCGCCGGGGGUGAUGAUCGGAAGGCCGGCGAUGGAUCCCGCGAUGUACAUGCAGCCGCCGUCGCAGGCGUGGCAGUCUGUGUGGCAGACGACGGGGGCGGCGGAGGAUGGGUCGUAUGGGAGUGGAGGGAGCAGUGGGCAGGGGAAUCUCGAUGGGCAAAGUUAAGAUGGCUCAUUUGCAGAUGCUAUGGUGCUGAAUGCACGAUGGAAGACUUGAGCUUAUUGGUGCUACCUAGAGUUUUGAUUAACUUCUAAUUAAAAAUGAACUGAAGCUACUGAACUAUUAUAUAUGGAACCAGGUUUUACUACAACGUCUUCAUACUGUUGAGGCCUAUAAUAACUUGGUCCCAUGUCAUUAAAAAUUGUUUUAUGAUUCCUCUUAUCACCAUUUAUGUGCAGUUCUAAGUUUAACUUCCAUAAGUUACUGAUUUGAAUGAUUCUGGAAUCUGAUACUGAUUCGAUCUGCAUUCAAGUGUUCAUAUCAGUGAACUUUUUCGCC